AUGAACCCAAUUGACACAGCCGUGGGCAAUGUGAUUCUGGCCUCGAACGAUGGCCGAUUUCUGGUUCUUCAAGUCAGUUCCGAUAUUCGGUCGUUGAUCGCCAAAACGCCAGACUCUCCAGGCAGUUCCACACGUCCACUGACUCUGUUGACGGUCGCCCUGUUUCACGUUCGAACCGUCUCACUCGUCUCGAAUUGUAUGAUUUCGACUGGUGGAGUAGUGUGUCUUAGCCUAUCCAAUCCCAGUGGGACAAGUCAAUUGAGUGUGUUCCCGUUAGCCGACUCGCUCGAUGCCGUAGCUAGCGCCAGUGCUACUGGUACACCCGGGAAAGUCACAAUAACACACGAUUUGAUCAAUAUCCCCGGUGAUUGUGUUGCAACCGGACCAGUUGUCAUGGCCCUAGACCCUUCCUCGUCUCAAUCCGGUCAACCGGAGAAUCUGGCCUGGUUUGGCACUGCGGGUGGAGGAAGUUGUCAUUGCUUGAAUCUCACCACAAAGAAGUUUAUCCAAAGGUUUGUUUAA